UAUAUAAGUGAGCUUCGCCUACCGUAGAUGUAUCCCAAGCAUCGGCUCCAGUAUUUGCUAUCUAUAGUUCACAACACCACCACCACAAUCAUCACUACCAUCACCACCACCACAACACCACCCAACACCAAAAUGUCCGACCCAUCCACCACAACCAACAUCCUCAUCACCGGGGUCAACCGCGGAAUCGGCCUCUCCCUCCUCCAAACCCUCCUCCUCCGCCCCAACCACACCAUAAUCGGCACUGUGCGCACCUCUCCCCCCGCCACCUCCCCACUAUACACCCUCCCAACGCACCCAACCACAACCCUGCACCUCCUCCCCCUCGAACUCACCACCCCGAAUGCCUACACCACCCUUCACACCACCCUCACCACAACCCUCAAUAUCCCUUACCUGGACACCGUAAUCUGCAACGCCGGAAUCUGUCCCCCCGAAGGAACUCCCUAUACCGUGCCCAUCUCCGAUAUCAGCGCGGCAUUCGAAGUGAAUACCCUCGGUCCGAUCCGGCUCUUCCAAUCCCUGCGGGGGUUAUUGGUGAAGGGAAGUGAGAAAGGACGGGUAGUCAAGUGGGUGAAUGUGGGGACUGGGGCGGCGAGUUUGGGUCUGUUUGGGGUUACGAGGGUUGGGUGGAAUACGGCGUAUGGGGUUUCGAAGGUUGGGGUGAAUUGGGUUACUUUGGCUAUGCAUGAUGAGGAACCGUGGUUGGUGACCUUUGUGGUGCAUCCGGGGCUGGUACAAACGGAAAUGGGUAAUCGAGGGGCGAGAAGAAUUGGCAUGGAGGAGGCGCCGAAUACCCUGGAGGAGUCUGCUACUAAGACUUUGGCUGUGAUUGACAAGGCGACGCGUGAGGAGACGUCCGGCAAGUUUAUUAAUGUUAUUGAUGGGACGGAGUUGCCGUGGUGAUGCUGUCUUUCAUGGAUAGUUGAUUGAUGUGAUGUAUCUGUGUACUCAGAUACUCAGGAGAAGCUAGAGUAUACAUUGUGUUACUUGGAUUCGAUUGUGUUAGUCUGAUAUGUUUGUUGCACUGAUGUAUAAUUGAACAGUACUGGAAGCAGCUCAAUUGGAAUUGAACGUAAAGGCAUCACCACUCAACUAGCUACCUGAUCAGGCACCUGCCAGCCAUCUGCUCCUCUCUUCUCAAACAACUCCUCAAUCCC